AUGGCAGAGAUAGAUCUAACACAACCCUUCUAUUCGUAUCCAAUAGAAAAAGUUGUUUCUUCUGUAAAAACAGAUCUAGCAAAGUAUAAUUUAGAUAUAUUUUUAGAGGAUUAUCAAAUGAUGAAGCAAAGGCAAGAUUAGCUAAAUAUGGAACAAAUGAGCUUGAAAAGGAAGAGAAAGAAAGCAUUUGGGAGAAAAUAAAGGAAUAAUUUGAAGAUAAUUUAGUAAGAAUUUUGCUACUUGCUGCAGUGAUAUCAUUUGUGAUUUCUCAAUUUGAAGAUCAUGGAGAAGUGCAUGCAGUUCCUCCUUGGGUUGAACCAUGUGUCAUAUUCACAAUUUUGAUUUUGAAUGCAGCUGUAGGAAUAUGGCAGGAUCUAGAUGCAGAAAGAGCCAUAGAGGUAUAUUAUAUACUAUAAUUUUAGGCAUUAAAAGACUUAUAAUCUCCACAUGCCAUAGUACUUAGAGAAUCAAACUGGGGAAAGAUUGAAGCUAAAGACUUAGUAGUAGGAGAUAUUGUAGAGAUAAAAUAAGGAGAUAGAAUUCCUGCAGAUUUAAGAAUGGUAGAGUUGAAAACUAUAACAUUAAAAACAGAUUAAGUAAUACGAAUAUUUAUAAUGUUUAGUCAAUUCUAACAGGAGAAGUUAAUCCUGUUAAUAAAACAACUGAUCCCGUUGUUAAGGACAAAGCAGCUGUUUAAGAUAAAAUUAAUUUUUUGUUUUCAGGAACAUUAGUAUCUAAUGGAACUGCUAUAGGAAUUGUGUGUUGUACAGGAAUGAAAACAGAAAUUGGAAAGAUCUAAAAAGAAGUUUAAGAAGCAGCAAAAGAGAAAUAAGAAGAUGAUGAUCCAUUAUCUAAAAGAUUAGAUGAAUUUGGAGAUAAGUUAGCAAAAGUUGUAACUUAUAUUUGCAUAGGCUGUUGGCUUAUGAAUAUAAGUAAUUUUUCAGAUCCUGCACAUGGAGGAACUAUUAUGGGAGCUUUAUAUUAUUUUAAAGUUGCUGUAGCAUUAGCAGUAGCUGCCAUUCCAGAGGGAUUGCCAGCUGUUAUUACAACUUGUUUGGCUCUUGGUGCUCGAAGAAUGGCUAAAUAAAGAGCUAUUGUCAGAAAAUUACCAAAAGUCUAAACAUUGGGAUGCACAACAAUCAUUUGCUCAGAUAAAACUGGUACUUUAACCACUAAUGAAAUGUGUGUUAAAGAAAUAGUAUUAUUGACAGGAAGAGAAGCAUCAUCAGUUUAAGUAUUUCCAGUUGAAGGUACUUCAUAUCAUCCUGAGGGUAAAAUUGAGAAAUUGGAAUCUACUUUAGUAAAAGGAAAUGGAUUAACUGCAAAUCUUAAAAGAUUAGCAUAAUCUAUGGCUUUAUGCAAUGAAUCUAAAUUAUUUACAGAUAAAGGAAGAGUUUAAAGAAGUGGAUUACCAACUGAAGCAGCUUUAAGAGUCUUAGUUGAAAAAAUUGGAAAAUAUGAUAAAUCAUUUUAAUCAAAACCAAUCUUAGAUGCACCAGAACAAUAUAAUGAAGCUAUUUCUUCUGAAUUUACUAAAAGAGCUACUCUAGAAUUUACUAGAGAUAGAAAAAGUAUGUCUGUAUUAGUUAAUUCUAAAAAUGAAAAAGGAAAUGUCUUAUUUAUCAAAGGAGCCCCUGAUUAUUUACUUGAAAAAUCAAAUUAAAUUAUGAAUGUUGAUGGAGAAGUUGUUUAACUGAAAGCUGAAGAUAAAGCCUAGUUUUUAACAAUAGUUAAAAAUUUAGCUGAAAAAGGAUUAAGAACAUUAGCCAUUUGUGUAUAAGAGGAAUGUGGAUAAUUGAGCACUUAUGAUGGACCUAAACAUCCUGCUCAUAAAUUAUUAAUAGAUACGAAUACAUAUAAAGAUAUUGAAAAUAAACCUAUUAUUAUUGGUGUUGUUGCUCUUUAGGAUCCACCAAGACCAGAAGUAAAAAGAUCUAUUGAAAAAUGCAGAGAAGCUGGUAUUUCAGUCAUUAUGAUUACUGGAGAUAUUAAAGAAACAGCUUAAUCUAUUGCUAUGUAAAUUGGUAUUCUACAUAAUCAAUCUCAAUUUGCCACCCAUUCCUUCACUGGACUUGAAUUUAGUUAAAUGGGAGAAGAAAAAUAAAAGAAAGUAUUAACAUAAGUAAUUGGAAAAACAAGUGGAUUGGUAUUCUCAAGAACUGAUCCAUCUCACAAAAGAGAAUUAGUCAAAUUAUUAACAGGUCAACUAAAUCAAAUUGCUGCUAUGACAGGAGAUGGUGUUAAUGAUGCUCCAGCUUUAAAAUAAGCUAGUAUUGGUAUUGCUAUGGGUAUUGCUGGUACUGAAGUUGCAAAGGAAGCCUCAGAUAUGAUUUUAGCAGAUGAUAAUUUUGCAACUAUUGUAAGAGCAGUUGAAGAAGGCAGAGCAAUUUACUAAAAUAUGAAGGGUUUCAUUAGAUAUAUGAUUUCUUCAAAUAUAGGAGAAGUUGUUUCAAUUUUCACAUCAUCAUUAUUGGGAAUACCUGAUGGAUUCAAUUCAAUAUAAUUAUUAUGGGUCAAUUUAGUCACAGAUGGAUUACCUGCAACUGCUUUGUCUUUCAAUCCACCUGAUCCUGAUGUAAUGUAAAAGCCCCCAAGGAAACAUGAUGAACCUAUUAUUACUGAAUUUGUCUUUAUUAGAUAUUGUGUCAUCGGAACUUAUGUUGGAUUAGCUACAGUGUUUGUAUUUGUCUAUUUCUAUUUGGGAUAUGAAUGGGCUGGAGAUGGUCAUCCUAUUGUUACAUUCACUUAACUCAGAAAUUGGGGAGAGUGCCAUUAUUGGGAAGGAUUCAAAGUAGCCAAUUUUGAUAAGUAUGAUUUCUCAAAGGAUCCAUGUCUUUAUUUCUCAUGGGGAAAAUAAAAGGCAUCUACUUUAAGUUUAUCAGUAUUAGUUGUUAUUGAAAUGUUCAAUGCUUUAAAUGCAUUAUCUGAAGUAUUAACUUUUGUUUAUAAUUUAUAGGAUAGCUCAUUAUUAAAAGUAGGAGUAUUUGCAAACCCAUACUUAAUAAUGGCUAUAUUUGGAUCUAUGACAUUGCAUUGUAUGAUAUGCUAUGUUCCACUAUUUGAAAAUAUCUUUAACACUGUUCCUUUAACUCUCAAUGAUUGGUAAUAUUAUUUAUUUAUUAUAGGAUUCUUGUAUUAGCAGUGUCUGCUCCAGUUGUAUUGGUUGAUGAAAUAUUAAAAGUAUUUUCAAGAAUCAGAAAUGCUAAAUUAUUAGAACAGAGAAAGAAACUUGAUUGA